GCACACCAGCUGCUUGCUUUUUCCUUGCGUCGCGCGGUAUUCUAUCCUUGAACGUUCCGUCAGUUUGUGGUUCUCUUUUGUAAAUGCGAAAUAAUGGCUGCGGAUCAGGUUCAGUUUCACCAGCUGCUAAAUUCCCUGCUCUCGACCGACAACGAUGUUCGAACGCAAGCGGAGGAAGCAUACAACAACAUACCAUGCGAUGGCAAGGUAACACAUUUGUUAGGCGCAAUCCAGAAUCCGCAAAUGUCCGAGGAAGCUCGCAUGAUGGCGGCCGUCCUGCUGCGCCGAUUGUUCUCCGCUGAAUUCCAGGAUUUCUACAAUCCAUUGCCGCCGGAAUCGAAGGAACAAUUAAAGCAGCAGGUAUUAAUCACUCUGCAGCAAAACGAGAGUCCAACCUUGCGACGGAAGAUCUGUGAAGUGGUAGCUGAAGUGGCACGCAACCUAAUCGAUGACGACGGUAACAACCAGUGGCCGGAAUUCCUACAGUUUCUAUUCCAGUGCGCCAGUGCUCCGAGCGUACAAAUGCAGGAAUCAGCACUGCGAAUUUUCUCUUCGGUUCCUGGAAUCUUCGGCAACCAGCAGGCGCAACAUUUGCAAUUGAUUAAGCAAAUGUUGAUUAAAUAUUUGGACCCGUCGUCAGAUCCAGAGGUUCGUUUCCAGGCAGUUCGAGCUGUCGGUGCCUUUAUUUUAUUGCAUGAUAAAGAGGAGGACGUCCAACGACAGUUUAACGACUUGUUGCCUCGUGUUAUCAUGAUCACGGCUGAGAGCAUCGACCAACAAGAUGACCAAACGUUGAUUAAAUUGCUGAUUGAUAUGGCUGAGAGUGUCCCGAAGUUUUUGCGCCCACAACUAGAGCCAAUUUUCGAGAUGUGCAUGAAAGUAUUCAGCAGCUCGGAGGUGGAGGACAGUUGGCGUCAUCUGGCACUCGAAGUGAUGGUAUCGCUAUCGGAGAAUGCCCCAGCAAUGGUUCGCAAGCGGGCGGAAAAAUAUGUUGCUUCGCUCAUUCCAUUGGUGCUGCAGAUGAUGACUGAUCUGGAAGAUGACGAGGAGUGGUCCGUGUCGGAUGAAAUAUGCGAAGACGAUACAAGCGAUAAUAACGUAAUCGCCGAAUCGGCUCUAGACAGACUUGCAUGCGGUCUCGGCGGCAAAGCGGUGCUGCCUCACAUUGUUGGUAAUAUUCCAAACAUGCUCAAUAAUCCGGACUGGAAACAACGACAUGCAGCUCUGAUGGCAAUUUCGGCAGCCGGCGAAGGAUGCCACAAACAGAUGGAAGCUAUGCUGGAGAACAUCAUGCAAGGUGUUCUGAAGUUCCUGAUGGAUCCACACCCAAGGGUGCGCUAUGCCGCAUGCAAUGCGAUCGGACAAAUGGCGACCGAUUUCGCGCCAAUUUUCGAGAAAAAGUUUCACGAGCAGGUUAUUCCCGGUUUGUUGAGCUUGCUGGAUGACGUGCAGAAUCCACGUGUGCAAGCGCACGCUGGAGCAGCGCUGGUUAAUUUCAGUGAAGAUUGCCCGAAGAAUAUUCUCACCCGUUAUCUUGACGGUAUCAUGGCUAAGCUCGAAGCAAUCUUAACCACCAAAUUCAAGGAAUUAGUGGAGAAAGGUACUAAACUGGUAUUGGAGCAGGUGGUUACUACGAUCGCUUCGGUUGCCGACACCACAGAGAAGGACUUUGUUGGCUACUACGAUCGAUUGAUGCCUUGCCUGAAAUACAUUAUUCAGAACGGAAACACCGACGAAUUGCGGUUGCUACGUGGAAAGACGAUUGAAUGUGUGUCAUUGAUUGGCCUUGCCGUUGGAGCAGAGAAAUUUAUGUCCGACGCUUCCGAUGUGAUGGACAUGCUGUUGAAGACCCACACUGAGGGAGAUUUGCCGGAUGAUGAUCCGCAGACUUCGUAUUUGAUUUCGGCUUGGGCUCGUAUUUGCAAGAUUCUUGGCAAACAGUUCGAGCAGUAUUUGCCACUGGUAAUGGGACCGGUUAUGAGGACCGCAUCGAUGAAACCGGAAGUUGCUCUGUUGGAUAACGACGAAGUGCAGGACGUGGAAAGCGAUAAUGACUGGCAGUUUGUCAACUUGGGUGAACAGCAAAACUUUGGAAUCCGCACCGCUGGUCUGGAAGAUAAAGCUUCUGCGUGUGAAAUGUUGGUUUGCUAUGCUCGUGAGCUGAAGGAUGGGUUCGCCAAUUAUGCCGAAGAGGUUGUUCGCCUGAUGGUUCCGAUGUUGAAAUUUUAUUUCCACGAUGGUGUCCGUACGGCAGCAGCUGAGUCGUUACCGUACCUUCUGGAUUGUGCCAAAAUCAAGGGUCCCACUUAUUUGGAAGGUAUGUGGCUCUAUAUCUGUCCGGAACUUCUUAAGGCAAUCGAUUCCGAGCCGGAACCAGACGUGCAAGCUGAACUUCUUCACUCGCUUGCCAAAUGUAUUGAAACCCUUGGUGCUGCAUGCCUUUCAACGGAAGCAAUGGAUGAAGUGCUCAAGCUCAUUGAUAAAUUCAUGAAUCAACACUUUCAAAAGGAGGAAAAGCGUGCUCUGGCUCGCAAAGAGGAAGACUACGAUGACGGUGUUGAAGAGCAACUAGCUGAGGAAGACGACGCGGACAUCUAUCUGCUAUCGAGAAUAUCUGACAUCAUACAUGCGCUGUUCCUAACCUACAAGGAUGGAUUUUUGCCCUUUUUCCAGCGUGUUGUACCACACUUUGUCAAGCUGUUGGAUCCAACCAAAACAUGGGCUGAUCGACAAUGGGGACUAUGCAUAUUUGACGAUCUGAUUGAAUACAGUGGACCAAUGUGUGCGCAAUACCAGGCAUACUUUUUGCAACCGAUGCUGGAAUAUAUUAAGGACAAACAGCCGGAAGUACGACAAGCAGCGGUUUACGGAUGUGGAGUGCUAGCACAGUUCGGUGGCGAUCAAUUUUCGAUGACGUGUGCUCAAGCCAUCCAGCUGUUGGUCGAAAUCAUCAUGAUGCCGGGCAGUCGUGAACCGGAAAAUGUGAACCCGACAGAAAACGCUAUCUCUGCUGUAACCAAGAUAUUGAAGUAUAACAACAAAGCCAUCACGAGUCCGGACGAAAUCAUCGCCAUCUGGUUUUCUUGGCUGCCCGUUGUGGAGGAUGACGAUGAAGCAAUUCACGUUUACGGAUAUCUGUGUGAUCUGAUUCAGGCGAACCAUCCUGUAGUGUUGGGUGAUAACAACUCCAACCUGCCCCGGAUCGUGUCCAUCUUCGCCGAAGCAUUCUAUCGAGAGGCAAUGUCCGUCGGUCACCCGGAAUCGACACGAAUGUUGGCCAUAAUCAAGCAGAUCGAAGCCAGUCCGGAUAUUUUCCAGGCAUGCAUAAAUCAGUUGACGGCGGAACAGAAAUCUGCUUUGGAAGAGGCAUACCGAAGUGUAGCCGUUGCACAGUAAAAAGAAAAUUAUGAUGAAAACAUACAUCGGCUUCUGUUGCGGUUUUUCCUCUUCUGAAGAUAGUUUUUAGGUUCUACUAGAGCGACUGAGCGAGCAUAGGACGUAGUGAUAUCGCGAGACAGGGCGGCUCUCGACGAAAACGGUUGUACGAGUUGAUAGGUUUUGACAUUUGGUCGGCUUUUUAGUAUGUUGAGCAAAUAAGAAAUAGUAGAAGUUACACUAUAAUUGGCCUUGUGCAAAUUGAAUUUUUUCCAACUGUACGGCUCUAAUGAGAUUGAGUUUAAGGAGAAUAUUAUAUAUAAAAUUAUAUAGUGGUUUCUCUGCAGCAUACACCGUAGCAUUCUAUCGAAGAUUUAUUUUGUAAUUAUUUAAUCACAGCUUUUUCGUUUUCCAGUACGACGUGAAUAAUUAACACAUCAGUUUUACAAAGAAUACCUAUAUUGUUACCGCUACGUCAGUUAGAUGGCAAUUCACAAUAAAACAAGUUCAACACCUUAAUGCUCGCAAGGUCACUAAGCUAAGGGAUUCAUUCUGCUCAAUUGAACUGAACGGAUGCUUCUUGGCUGACUGUCAUUGAGUUAGGCGUAGCUGAGCCCCGGAGCAUAGUUUUUUUUAGAAUUGUAUAUAGCGUUCUCAGUGCGAGCAAGUUUUUUCGGACUGAAAGCGGAUUUACAAAAGGAAAAUGCGACAGUUUUAGUGUUGUCCCCCGUUUAUUGUCCAAUGUUCCAUUCAUACGCAUGCAACAUGCUUUUUUCUCGCGUAAAUUUUUAGUGUUUGUAUUUUUACACGUCUUUUGACGACACGGUUGCAUGCUAAGCGUGCAUUUACUUCUUAGAAUUGUUCAUUUGGAAAUGGUUCCAUUGCCUCUAACCAAAAAUUUACAUCGAGAAAAAAAUAAUGCCAAAUCAAUGGACUUUCCUUUGUUUCACCUUAGUUCCUCCAGUUGGGAAAGGGCUCAGUCCGCGUAGUGUCAGCUGUUUUAACUGCAAUGAAACUUCUGCGACAUUGAACUACACAAGAUCUAUAUGCACAUUUUCCAUAUUAAAAAGGCAAAUUCUAUAUAUAUUUAACGACAAGAAUAAAAAUAUUCUAUCAUUCAAAAUC